GGAGGAAAGGAAGGGAAGGGGCGGGCGGCGGCACCACGCGAAGGUCGCGGCAUGGAGGCGCCGGGAGGCGGCGGGCUGGGGGGGGCCGACCCGCAGCUGCAGCGCUUCAUCGAGGUGGAGACGCAGAAGCAGCGCUUCCAGCAGCUGGUGCACCAAAUGACCGAGCUGUGCUGGGAGAAGUGCAUGGACAAGCCGGGGCCGAAGCUGGACAGCCGGGCCGAGACGUGCUUCGUCAACUGCGUGGAGCGCUUCAUCGACACCAGCCAGUUCAUCCUCAACCGGCUGGAGCAGACGCAGAAGUCCAAGUCGGCCUUCUCGGAGAGCCUGUCCGACUGAGCGCCGCCCGCCGCCCCCCGUGCGGCUCCACGGUGCGAGCCGGCCAUCCCCAACGAGCCCAGGUCACCUCUGGGGGGUUAGGAGAUCGUCUUGGGAAAGGUGCAGCCAGAUGAGAGCCCGUCACAGGUACGCACGCUGCUCCUCCGCACGGUGUCGUGCUGCUCCCGUCCCCGGCCGCCGGGAAGGAUCCUCGCACCGGGACGCGGAUGCAGCGCACGAGGUCCGGGCGGUGGGGACGCCUAGAAGGAGGGGUGGCGAUGCUCACCCCAGGGCUGCUCCCAGCGCUGAGGGGAACCUUACCGCAGAGCGAGGCGAGCCUGCGACCGCUGCCUUAAACGGUGCUGCACCCGCGUUGGUGGCACAGGACUCGGCUUCCUCGCUAGGUGCUAACGAGCCUCGCGCUUCCCAUGGCCGUGCGCUGCGACUGGAAGGAGAGCAGCAGGACUGCACCAGCACGGACACCCCCAGCCCGGAGAGCUUCCUGGGUAUAGCCAAUACCCCGGGCAGCAACACUACUGGAAAACAUUUCAAGGCUUCUGCAGGGUAAAGUCCUUCAUGCGGCCGAGUGGCAAAGUUUCAAAUUGCAGCACAGCUCUCUCAAAACUGACUUGCUCCGUUCACUGCUUUCCCCUAGACGAUGUAAUAAAUGUUAACUGGGUCAAUUUUUAAUAUGAGGUUCUCCUUUGUUCAGACCGCUGGGAAAUGAAAAUCUGGCCGCUUUGUUCGUU